UUUAUUCUAAUCAAUGCUAAUACAAAUUAUUCGUACGUAAUUGUAGUACAUUAAUUUAUUAAAUAUAUUAGAAAAGACGAUUCUAGGAAAUUCUAAAUCCUGACAGGACUGCUGGUUUUUACCCAGACUUCCUUGCAUUUCCUUGUAACCAUUGCCAACAUUUCAAACAUAAGGGUGAUUAGGGUUGUUGGCUGUUGGUCUGUUUCACUAUAAUAUAAUGUUGUUUUAGUCCAUAUAUACAUUCCAAGCAGAUUAGGGUGGCUCAAUUAUACUUAAUGUGACAAAGAAGAAAAUAAUUGAAUAUAUAACAGUACAAAGUAUUUAGCUCUUGAAAUGUCCGUAUUAAAGACAAGUACCUCAGAGAGGACAAGCAUCCAUGAGAUGUUACGAGAAGCAGCACCAAGUGAUGGAAAGGGCAAUGUCUUGGCCACCAUUGAAGCAAAAACAAAUCAUGUACAUUCCAAAUCGCUGCCAGCUAGCACCAGCUCGCCUGCUAUUCUCAUGCCUAGCUCUCCAACACAGAAUGAUGACACAACUAUUUACAAGAACAAUUCUAGAAUAGAAAAUAUUAAGAACUGGUCUAUAUCCACUUACAAAUGCACCAAACAGCUGAUGUUUGAAAAGUUAGGAAAAUCUUCCAGAACUGUAGAUGCAGAACUUGAAGGGCAGAUUGAAUCACUGAGGGACACUCAAAAGAAGUACAUGAAUAUUCUUCGAUUGGCUAGAGCUCUUACCAAUCAUUUUUAUCAUGUAGUUCAAACUCAACAUGCUCUAGGCGAAGCGUUCUCUGAGUUGGCUCAGAAGUCACCAGAGCUACAGGAGGAAUUCCUCUACAAUUCAGAAACACAACGAAAUCUAACGAAGAACGGAGAAACCCUUUUGGGUGCUCUGAAUUUCUUCACGUCUUCUGUGAAUACUCUUUGCAACAAAACCAUUGAAGAUACUCUUCAAAGCAUAAAGCAGUACGAAGCUUCACGCAUUGAGUACGAUGCAUACCGCACAGAUCUGGAAUCGAUGUCUACGAAACCGGAUGGAAGUAUGGGUUUGGAAGAUGCCCAGCAAGGCUACGAACUGCAUCGGCAACAGUUCAUGAAGUUGCGAGCUGAGGUUGCGGUGAAAUUAAAGUUUUUGGAUGAGAACAGAGUGAAAGUAAUGCACAAGCAGCUGCUGCUUUUCCAUAAUGCUGUCUCCGCUUAUUUCUCCGGAAACCAAACGGCUUUGGAGGCAACACUGAAGCAGUUUAACAUCAAAGUGAAAACGCAGAACUCUAAUUUCCUUUCAUGGUUGGAACAGUAAACGGAUUGUUCAUAUUAAAUGUAAUAUUCUAGUCAAUGGCGAAAAAGGAAAGAAAAACAAAUCUUAAAGCUUUUUUUUUUGUUUAAAUAAACAAAAAGAAAUAACCAAUUAACUCCAUCUUCUAAGCAAUUCACGUCACAUUAAGCUUACAUGCUGCGGUUCCAAUAAUUUCAACCAGUAUUAAUUUAUUCUUUGGUGAUUCGUUGUAACGAAUAGCUAAAUUUUUACAAUUUCUUCCGAUGUAGGGUGUGAAAAAUGGUUCCUUAAAUGUAGAGAAAAAGGAUUCAUGAUUCGCCUUGCACGGCAUUCCUUGCUUUAAAUAUACGUACUUAUUUAUUUAUCCUAAUAAUUUUAUAAUAAUUAUUUUAAUUUUAUGGUAACUACUAAAGAGAUAUGAUUUGCAAUUUCAUUAAUAUACAAAUAUUGACCGGAAAUAUUAAUAUACUAUGUGUUACCUUGCUGUUCUAAAUAACAAUAAUUAAAUGUUAAAUUAUAUACGUUUUCGUUAGCAUAUACAAGGGAAAUGAUAGGAAUUAGUCCCAUAAUUUGAAUUGAUAAUGCCGAGUAUUUACAUUGAACGAAGCUCGGUGUUCUGGUUUUAACGCAAGUGUUUUUUUUUAAUUUUGGGACUUAUUAUUUUUGAUUUUCGUGUAGCUUUUGAAUGUACUUUUGUAACAAUGAAAUUAAUUAAAAAAAUAAACAAUUAUUUGAGGGAAACUUGUUCAUUUUUGCACGUUUGUAAAAAAAAAAGAUUAACAUAACUGUAAUAAUAAUAAACAUGUUUGGCAAAGUGUAACAAAUAUCACCAUGUAUACAGUAUGUAAGGAUGUACCAUACGUUAUAUAAAAAAAAACAAUAUAAAUCGGGCAGUUUGCGUAUUUGUAACAAUACGUAUGUACAUUUCAACACUAAAGGAUUUUCUUGCAGUCCAAUAAAGUUGUUAUGAGCAAAUCUAUUUGGAAAUUUAAGUUAACUAGAGUGAAUCCUCAAUGUCUACUAAUUAAAAAAUACAUGUAA